AUGAGAUAUGGAGAAAGGAUGUGUAGCAGGACACCUGCACUCCCACUCUCAUUCUCCACCCAACCAAGUGUUCAUUGUGUUGUGGCCAUUCAAUGUCAUCGUGCCUUUGUUGCCCUAAUUGCUGGAGGUCAAACCCCUGUGUGGGACAGAGAGGUUAGAGGAACACCAGAUCUGUACAGCAAUGAGCUUUCCAACAUAUCAAAUCGUGAAAAAGGUGGCCUAAACAAUGACAAGAGUGAAGAACCAUUUGUUGGAGGUUUGCUUGAAUGA